AUGGGUCCUACACCGAUCUCAGGCCAAGUUCAAAUCUACGUUACCGUUUCCGUGAUCUCAUUACGGUUGGAGCGCAUUGGCCUAACAAGUAUCUAUUCAUCUGCAGUGCCAGAGGUCUUUUGCUGCAUCUUUCAUGGACUUCUUGGCUGUGUCGCAUGUUUUCUUUCAAAGGCGGGAGCAGCGGAAUCUGGUGGUGUGAUGUGGUCGGAAUCAAUUCUCGCUUUUCUUGGAUUCCUCGAUUUAUACCAAUCUGGAAUCGGAGCACAAUUGUCCAUGCAGCGAGCGGUCGCUGACGCCAUAGUUGGACCGCGUGAUGUGUUGAUGAUGUUGAUGUGGCAAGUGUUAAUGCAUACGCAGAAUAAAGCCCAACAAGCGAUUCGAUUGGAACUUUGGCUACUCGUCAUUUAUUUGGUGGUGUAUAUUCGUUUCAAAAAGGUCACAUUGGCUAUCGGCUUGCUGCCCAUUGCCUUGUUCCAAAAGAUUGGAACCGUAGUAGCGAUUCGUGACACGACACAGUUUGAACCUCGACGAUCGGAUGAACUUGAAGACGAAUCUCUCUAG